AUGACCAUCGAGGAAUGUGCCCCACUACCCACCUUUGACGUUACACCCACCGCAAUUCUAGACCAUGCCAAUCAUGUUAUCCACAGGGUUCAGCUGGAGGUCGAUCAGCUACUCAACACAGUUGCAAUCGGGGAUGCCACCAUUGAUACCUUAGUGCGUCCACUGGGCGAUAUAGACAAUGAGUUCAAGUAUGAGGUUCAAUACAUUGCCCUAUUCCAAUCAGUCGCGCCGUCGCCCGACCUGCGCAAAGCAUCGUCAGAGGCAGUGAACCUGGUCAAUCAGGCUUACCUGGCUCUGUUCCAAGAUGAGCGCCUCUUUGCUCUGGUCGACGCUGUGCAUGGCAACGUCAAUGAGGAUAUUCAGGAUGGCGAGCUCAUGGGUCUCCUGUCGAGAUUUCAUCGCAUGUUUGUCGAUAAUGGCCUUCGUCUGACUGGGGCAGAUCGCGAUCGGUUUCAGCACAUCACAAAGCGAUUGCUUGAAUUGCGAGUCCAAUUUAUGGACAAUAUUGCCACUGAUCCAGGGAGUCUGUGGAUAAGUACAGAUGAAUUGGAGGGUCUCGACGAUGGCCUGUUGAAGAACCUCGAACGGGGUCCUUCUGGGACCCGCAUCCGCCUGGAUCGGCCAACAGUCAGCACUAUUCUAGGCAAGUGCAGCGUGGCUCAAACCCGGCGUGAUGUCUUUCUGAGUAGUCAGACAAUUUACCCUCAAAAUGUCAAAGUCUUCCAGGAGACUAUCAGGCUGCGACACGAAGCCGCUCGACUACUGGGAUUCCCGUCUUUCGCAGCACAACAACUACGGCACCAGCUGGUUAAGUCCCCUGGCGCUGUCACAGACCUCCUGGAGGACCUUGGGCAUAAACUGCAGCCACUUGCGAUUAGUGAGUUGCAAGCCUUACAGGCGUUCGCAGGAAUAGGAUCUUCACUUCAUCACUGGGAUUUCGACUACUAUCACCGCCGCAUGCUGCAAGAACAGUAUUCCGUCAGCCACGAUCUGAUCUCCGAGUAUUUCCCCGCUGAACAUACUAUUCAGCGGAUGCUGGGCACAUUCGAAAGGCUGUUCGGGUUAUCCAUUACGGAAGUUACAGAGAAGACUGAUCGACAUGUGUGGCACCCUGAUGUCAGGGUAUUCGCAGUACGUGACAAGCAGGAGUCUUCAAGCUCCUUUCUAGGCUAUCUCUAUACGGAUAUCUACCCUCGCCAAGGAAAAUACAACCAUGCGGCCAACUUCAACAUUCACCCCGGGUUUCAGAAGAAAGAUGGGACUCAAUCCCCUGUAGCCACGGCUCUUGUGUGCAAUGUCUCGCCAGCUACAGCCGACCGACCCGCGCUUUUGCAGCACAGGGAGGUCAUUAGCCUGUUCCAUGAGCUAGGACACGGAAUGCAUGAUCUCCUGGGGAGAGCCAAGUACGCUUUAUUCUCCGGCCAUCGAACUGUGCGAGACUUCGUCGAGGCACCCAGUCAGCUACUGGAAUACUGGUGCUGGGUACCCGAGUGUUUGCAACAGCUCAGUUGCCAUUAUACCUACCUUCCCGGGUAUAAGAGCACUGUGAUGGAUGCCAACCGGCCACCCAGAGAGAUCCCCGAGGCCCUAGUCAAAAGACUUGCUGCCGUGAAGCAAGUCAAUCAGGGUAUCUUGACCCUGAGACAAGUCGCCUUCAGUGCAUUCGAUAUGGAUGUACAUGGCGAGCACGGCCGAGAAAUCUCGGAAGGCAAUGGCAUAUCCGAGCGAUACAACUCGAUACUACAGAAUAUGACCCUCCUCCGAGGCCCUAAGGAAGUGAACUGGGGCCAUGGAUAUGCCACGACCCAGCAUUACAUGUGGGGCCAAGAGGCCAACUACUUCUCGUACCUCUACACCCGGACCUUGGCAGCGGACAUUUGGACCUCCAACUUUCGUGACGAUCCCAUGAGUGCGGAAGCUGGACUUCGCUAUCGACGAAUAGUUCUCGCCAACGGUGGUAGUAGAGAUGAGUUGGACAUGCUCAGGGAGUUCCUGGGACGAUCUCCGUCGCCGGAAGCAUAUCUCAGGGAUCUAGGGGUCAGGGAAGCAUAG